UUGAGCAGAGUUAAUUUCCAUUAUACUGGACUUACAGACAAUCUCCCAAAUUUUCAGAGUGCCACAGACACCGUUGUGACAUCUUUUUCAUUAAGAAAAUCUAAGGCUCGUGAUGAGAGAGACGUUAAAUCAAGGACGAAAACUUCAAGUAAAUCGAGAAAGGCGCCGGGUUUCAUCGGCUUAACGGUCCCACUAAGCACACCCUCUCUGAACCUUUUGGCCACUCCAAAGGGGAUGGCCCCACCUGGCGCUCGAAAGGUAACGUACACACCCCGACGAGGGGCUCUUGGAGCCUUUGUGGACACUACGAAGCUAUCUGAUCGUGAAUUUGAACUUGCUCUCGCCAAUGGUUUAAUAAAGGGCAGAAGCAGGUGGUACAGUGUAUACUACUUGAAUUGUCUUUGA